AUGGUAGAUACAAUACCACACAUUGGUUUAUUGGGACAAAGCUCCCUUUUUGACACUGGAGAUGGAGAACGCGCCGCUAGUGAUGACACAAUUGGCGUUCAUCAGGACGAUAUUAACGCGUUUGUAUCAAGUACUGGUGAAACAGUUAAGUUGAGGAAGAAGCCUGCGAAAUCAAUCUCUGAGAGCAUAAGUCUUUACACCAAUCCAAAUACUGCUUGGAGAUCAGAUGAUGCGUACGGCAUCAAUAUCAAUUACUUGCUGGAUAAAAUUGAGGCGUCUAGCGAAGACCGCCAUAACGUGCACAAGACCUCUACAGCGGCAAGAAAGGUGAGUAAUGAAACACUUUGGGUGGAAAAGUGGCGUCCUAGAAAGUUUCUAGAUUUGGUGGGGAAUGAAAAGACCAACAGAAGAAUGCUGAGCUGGUUAAGACAGUGGACGCCCGCUGUUUUCAAAGAGCAAUUGCCAAAAUUGCCCAGUGAAAAAGAGGAAACUGGUCUGGAGCUCGAUCCAUUGAAAAGGCCACAAAAAAGGAUCUUACUGCUGCACGGUCCACCCGGAAUAGGAAAGACCUCAGUGACGCACGUUAUCGCUAAGCAAUCAGGAUUUUCAGUAUCAGAAAUAAACGCAAGUGAUGAAAGGGCUGGCCCCAUGGUAAAAGAGAAAAUUCAUAAUCUCUUAUUCAAUCACACUUUUGAUACGAACCCCGUCUGCUUGGUAGCAGAUGAGGUUGAUGGAAGUGUCGAAAGUGGAUUUAUCAGAGUUUUAGUUGACAUUAUUCAAGGCGACAUGAAAGCUACCAACAAACUAUUGUUUGGUCAGCUGGACAAGAAGAUCAAAAAGAGAAGGGGGAAGAGUUCUGCACUGCUUAUACGACCUAUCAUUUGUAUCUGUAAUAAUUUAUAUGCUCCCUCUUUGGAAAAAUUAAAGCCAUUCUGUGAAAUUGUUGCCGUGAAAAGACCAUCUGAUGCUACUCUACAAGAGCGAUUGAACCUUAUUUGCCACGAAGAGAACAUGGAUAUACCUAUAAAGACAAUUAAUGAGUUGAUUGAUCUGGCUCAAGGUGAUGUCAGGAACUGUAUUAACAAUUUGCAAUUCUUAGCCUCAAGUACUGAUUCAAAAGAUGCCAAUACCUCAGAUAAAUCUAACUGUAACAAGGGUACGUGGGCGUCAUCCAACAAAGACUCGCCGAUAUCCUGGUUUAGAAUCGUAAACCAAUUGUUUAGAAGAGACCCCCACCGUGAUAUCAAGGAUCAAUUUUACGAGUUGCUACAUCAAGUGGAACUUAAUGGUAACGCGGAUAAAAUAUUGCAAGGUUGUUUUAACAUUUUUCCUCACGUCAAGUAUUCCGAUAAUGGUAUAAGCAAGCCAGCAAAAAUUUCAGAUUGGCUAUUUUUUCAUGAUUUAAUGCAUCAAUCAAUGUAUACGCAUAAUGGUGCGUUGUUACGUUAUUCCGCCCUUGUCCCUUUGGUGUUCUUCCAAACAUUCGGUGAUAUUGCAAACAAGGAUGAUAUCAAAAUGAAAAAUAGCGAAUAUGAACAAAGAGAAUCGAGGAAAGCUAAAUUAGAUAUAGUAGAUUUGAUCAUCAGGCACAUUUCCGCGCAGUCGCCAUUGAUGGCUAGUUUUACCGAUAGAAAGUCGUUAGUUUUUGAAAUGCUACCAUAUUUGGAUUCAAUGAUUUCAUCUGAUAUCAAUAAGGUAAAAGACUUGAAACUCAAACAAACCAUUAUGGAGAUAUUGGUCCAAUUGCUGAAAAGCUUUCAACUAAAUUUGAUUCAAAAUCGCUCUGAGGGAUUUGAUGGAAGCAGCGGUCUAGUAAUCGAUCCGCCAAUCGACGAAGUUGUGUUGCUAGAUCCCAAACACAUUAACGAAGUUCAACAUAAACGGCCGAAUACUUUGAACUCACUAUUGGCAAGGAUCGAGGAAAACAAAGUUAAAAAGAGACACAUAGACCAAGUGACGAAGGAUAGAUUACAAUCACAGGAAGUACACGCCAAGAAGGCCAAGGUAGCAUUGAACUCUUCUUCAAGUACAAUGGACUUCUUUAAAAACCAAUACGGAUUAUUAAAGCAAACCAAGGAAUCACCUGGGACACAAAAGAGUACGUUACCAGAUCAGACCGAUCAAGCAAACGAUAAAGCUCAAGAGAUUAAAAUAUGGGUGAAAUACAACGAAGGGUUCUCCAAUGCUGUAAGGAAAAACGUGACUUGGAAUAACUUAUGGGAGUAA